AUGGAGUCUAUUCAGUCACCUGACAUCCCCAUGGACAGGUAUUUCAACAGCUCCUGGAGACACACGUAUGGCCAGGAGACUGUGCCAUCACCUUUCAACAGCUCCUUCCGCCUCCAGCACCACAACAGCUUCCACAACACCCUACUAGGUGUCUCUCUGGGCUUCCUGUCGUUGCUCACCGUCGUCAUGAACAUCCUGGUACUCUACGCUGUGAAGAAGGAGCGGACCCUCCACACGGUGGGCAACCUCUACAUCGUCAGCCUCUCCGUGGCGGAUCUCAUCGUCGGGGCCACCGUCAUGCCCCUCAACCUGGUGUAUCUGCUGGAGGACGAGUGGAGGCUGGGGAGGGUCGUCUGUCAGUUCUGGCUCAUUAUGGAUUAUGUAGCCAGCACAGCCUCCAUCUUUAGUCUGUUUAUACUAUGUCUGGAUCGGUAUCGGUCCGUUCACGAGCCGCUGAGGUACCUGAAGUACCGGACCAGAGGGAGAGCUAGCGUUAUGAUCUCAGGGGCCUGGCUAAUGUCCAUGACGUGGAUUAUUCCUAUUCUAGGGUGGAGGUCCUUCGUUCAGGUCGACCUCAAACCGGAGAUGGAGAAUAAGUGUGACACUGAUUUCCGGUUUGUUACUUGGUUUAAGGUUUUAACUUCAGUGUUUAACUUCUACCUUCCGUCUCUGUUGAUGCUGUGGUUCUACUCACGCAUCUACAUGGCUGUGAGACAGAACUUCAGAGAGAGGGAGAGGAUUAUCAAUCCCACAGAUUCCGUGGUGGAAAACAGGAUCGGACACAAAGUCCAAACAGGAAAUAGCCACUGCGAGUCUAAGAAAGAAAGAAACUCAGACUUUGAUCAGUACACGUUAGACCAGCCGAACGACUCCACAGAUACAGUUGAAACCAACGCGCCCAGAGAACCCAAGUCUGAGAAAGAAUCUCACUCCAGUCAUUCACUGCUCAGAAUGACAAAACGUCUGAGGACGACUGUAAAGGACAAAAGAAAGAGUGGCUCGGAGACCCCUUUGAACCUGUCCUCUUUACCUCUUGGCUUCACAAACUACGACGACGACAACGUUCAGAAACUCUACGUAUCCGUGAACGACUGCAAGGUAGCCGUGCCGUCAAACUCUGUGGCUGGCGUCUGCGAGAUAACCCAGAUAUCUGAAAUGCAGAGAUACACCACCAUGUUCUACAACAACGAGUUCACCCAGUCUGUGAAUUUAUCCCCGUCACCAUGUCCCCAUAAUUCACCCCAGUCACCCCCGCCUCAGGAGGACUCAGAGCCUGACAAUGGUACGAACCCGGACGCUGCAGCCAACGCUGUGACCCUAAAGCAGACCUGGCAGAAGUUCUGUGCCCAGUCCAGGCAGCGUAUCCAGAGCCUUCAGGUCCAUAAGGAGCACAAAGCGGCCAAGCAGCUGGGCUGUAUUAUAGCCGGGUUCAUGCUGUGCUGGAUCCCAUACUUCAUAGUCUUUAUGGUCAUGGCUUUCUGCCAAACCUGUGUACAUCACAACCUACAUAUGUUCACGAUAUGGCUUGGGUAUAUUAACUCUACCUUGAACCCGUUCAUAUACCCCCUCUGCAAUGAGAAUUUCAAACGGGUGUUUAAAACUAUCCUACACAUUAAUUUGUGAUGAAAAGGUUUAUGAACAGUGCCUUGAGUGGCAUUUCAAUGUAUUUCCUUGUGAUGCUUUAACUUGUAAUACAGUAUGUGUGGUUGAAUGUUUUGGUACCUUAAAUUUGUAUAAUUUUGAAAAAUAUAAUGCUUAUUUAUUGUCCGCCUAAAUAUUUUUUGUUUAUUAUUUAUUAUCAGACCCAGACCAUAACGCCAUCGU